CCGCACCUCCCUCACUGGUGACAACUAUUUAGUAAGGAGCCCAGCUAAAGUUUCCAAAAAAGUUAGAAUAACUUCCUCUCUCGGAGACCUCGGCUUUGCCCGAGCCGGCCUUGAAAUAAGAGACUUUCGAGAAACUUGGAAAACGUCGGGUCAGCAAAACUCCUGUUUUUCCAAAAGGAUCUGUCUCAGGAAUUUCAAACACAUUGAGUGAGGCUUCCACGCGCGCUCACACCGCGCGCGCACACACAGAAAGAGAGAGAGAAGGAGGAAGAGGAGAGAGAGAGAGAGAGAGAGAGAGAGAGAGAGAGAGAGAGAGAGAGAGAGAGAGAGAGAGAGCGAGAGCGAGAGCGAGAGCCAGCGAGUUUGGCUAAGACUGUUUCCUCCCUCCUUCUUCCCCCUGCCUCCUUGCAGAAAGAAUGGAGGAAGGCUCCAGUUCUCCGGUCUCGCCGGUGGACAGCUUGGGCACCAGCGAAGAGGAGCUGGAAAGGCAGCCCAAGAGGUUUGGCAGAAAGAGAAGGUACAGCAAGAAAUCCAGCGAAGAUGGCAGCCCCACCCCGGGCAAGCGGGGGAAGAAGGGCAGCCCCAGCUCGCAGUCCUAUGAGGAGCUGCAGAGCCAGAGGAUUCUGGCCAACGUCCGGGAGAGGCAGAGGACGCAGUCCCUGAACGAAGCCUUCGCCGCCCUGCGCAAGAUCAUCCCCACUCUGCCCUCCGACAAACUCAGCAAGAUCCAGACCCUGAAGCUGGCAGCCAGGUACAUAGACUUCCUCUACCAGGUGCUGCAGAGCGACGAGAUGGACAAUAAGAUGACCAGCUGCAGCUACGUGGCCCACGAGAGGCUCAGCUAUGCCUUUUCCGUGUGGAGGAUGGAGGGCGCGUGGUCCAUGUCGGCAUCCCACUAGCUCGCCCCAGGCUCCCGGAAGCCCAGCUGCCCACGGGGUAGAUUGUCCAGCGUGUCUGCAGGUGAAGUGGAAUUGGGAUGCCUCCAAGUCCAGAACUUCUGCAACCUCAGCAACCUCAAGGAAUCUGGUCCCCGAGACCUGCUUGGCCUCGCAGCUCUGAACUCCUGCAGAGCAUUGAGACUGAAUGGAAAAACAGCCAGAAGCUGAGCAAUCCAGGGAAGCUUUCCGCCGCCUCUCCCGGGGACAUUCCCCCAACGCCAGCCCGGGUGUCCCGGUCAUCCCUGAUGCUCCCGUCCUUUGUCGUGGAUGUGGGCCACGGUUGGGGUCGUCCUGGGCUUGGCUCAUUUCCUCUGUUUUCUGGAAAUCUUGUGAUUGAGGAACACGUCUAAGAGGACUCUUGCUCUGGGACUGGUUUUUCCUUCUAUCGUGUUCUUCUUUUAAAUGUAUUUUUUUAAUGAAAGAAAAAUGAACUCUUGUACAGCUCUGUUGAAACUGGACCAAGGCUCUCAGAAGAAACGGUGCCUCCGCCCCGGCCCUUCCUCCUCCCAUGACUCUUGCAUGACGAUUUCAAGUAAGCCUGGACUUCAGACUCUCCGAUAGCCUUCCCCCUCUUGACCUCCCCAACCUGCUCAGCUCACCAGUUCUUUUUUGGUAUUUUCUACUUCAGUGUAUAUGUUGCUUAUUUGUUUUAUUUAUUGAGAUAUUUUUAACAUGCUAAGAGACUGCAAUCUCGCUGUGUAUACCGCUUCUCUUGCCAAUAACAAUAAAGAAGCCGCGCAGUUGCUCA